CGUUUGUUUUGGAUUUCUUUAAUUUUAAUAAUUAAAGGUUAUGUUUAAUUGCGGGAAGCUUCUUAUAUUUAUUUUUUAAAUAAAAGUGUUCUCGUUGCCAUCUUAAACAUGAACAAAGAAGAUGUCGUCAAAUGUCAUUAUGUUCCUUUAAGUAGUCUGAAACGAGCGCUACACUUACUAGAAACUCCGAGUAAACCACACGACAAACGCUGUAAGAGAAAUCUUCUUCAGUUGCAAAUGGAUAAAAGUUUGUAUGAGACUGAUUUAAGGAGUAAGAAAUGGAGGAAUGCCUUCCAAAUAGCUCUGCGUCGGGCUAUCUACUCUCAUGAUUGGGAUCAACUCGUCUAUCUUUUGAAGAAAUCACCAAUAUGGGAGCAUGCUUCUAAUAGAAGUGAUGAACUGCCACUUUAUAUCAGAGCUUUAACAAUACUUCUAAUGAAUCAUCCAAGUGCUAAGUCACAGGGUUUAUUAAACGACUACUUGCACAUGGUCCACUCCUGUCGAUCUGAUCAAGAUAAAAAAGCUGUCAUCAAAUCGCUACUCACUCUGCCAUACAAGAUCUAUGGUCGAUAGUAUUUUAAAUUUAAGUUAUAUUUUUAUUUCAUAAUAUUUUGACAGGCAUUCACCUAUGUAUUGGGAUGAUGUGAGGCAUACACACAAUUAAGUGUUAUAGCUGUGGCUAAUAUUAUUGUAAAAAUUAAAUUAAAAUUUCUAGUCUGGGGAGCAAAACUUUGUCUUUAUCUCUUUGUGUAUUGUUUUAUGGUUGUAUUUAAUUUAUUUUAGUACCUUUAGCACUAACAACGGGCAUUCAAUAUACACAAUAAAAAUAAAUUCUGUUUCUAGCAUUCAUUAGAAAAAUGUGUUAGUCUGUAUUUAAAACUGUAUAUUUAUAUAUUUGUCUUGGUGUGCUUUAUGGAUAUGGAUGGUAUUUAUGCCAGUAUACCUCUGUAUUAGGAAACCAAAUCUGUACGCAAGCAUUUAUAUAUAGAUUAAUAGAAGUGUUUGUAGCAUUUAAAUUAUUGUGAUAUAAUUUAUACACUUAUGUUUUCAUUUAAUUCUAUAUUAUUACAUUAAUUUUUUUAUACAUUUGAUGUAAUGUUUUUUAUCAAAAAUUGUGAAUGUGUAACACCUGAUAAUAAACAACAACAAAAUUAACAUAAAAUGCUCGGGAAAUCACAUGUGUUAUGAAAGAGGUAGGAAAGAUGUUACACAUAAAAAAUGAGCGAUCAAUAACAUUAGUAAUAAAUGGCUCGAUCUGUGUACAAUUUAAACUUGUCUUUGUAUAAUAUUAAGUACUUUGUAAACAUUGCAACUUAUAAUAUAUGAAGU